CUAUUGGUUCUUUAUGAAUGUAUCUUUCUUUCUCAUUCCUGAAUGUCAAAUCGGAUCAGGAAGAAAGUUGUUAUUGUCUAUUUGGAUAGAAAUCAUGAGUUGUUGAGUGCUAUAUUUGGUGCCACGAGAUAGCACAUACUAAUUAUUUCUCUGUAAUUUUGGCAUCACAUGCAGUAUCUCAAGGAAUAGUAUGUAUACUCUGCUGCAACCACGGCUUGAUGUCCUUCUUUUUGAAAUAGUGUUCCCCCUUAUGUGCUUUAAUGAUAAUGAUCAAAAGCUUUGGGAUGAAGAUCCUCACGAGUAUGUAAGGAAAGGCUAUGAUAUUAUUGAAGAUUUGUAUAGUCCUAGGACUGCUUCCAUGGAUUUUGUGAGUGAAUUGGUUCGGAAACGGGGGAAAGAAAAUCUUCAAAAAUUUAUUCAAUUUAUUGUUGAAAUUUUCAGAAGGUAUGAUGAAGCUUCUGCAGAGUACAAGCCCUACAGACAGAAAGAUGGUGCCCUCCUUGCGAUUGGGGCACUUUGUGACAAAUUGAAGCAGACUGAGCCAUACAAGUCUGAACUCGAGCGAAUGUUAGUGCAACAUGUCUUUCCCGAGUUCAGCAGUCCUGUUGGCCACCUUAGGGCUAAGGCAGCAUGGGUUGCUGGACAGUAUGCCCAUAUUAACUUUUCAGAUCAGAACAAUUUCCGUAAGGCUUUGCAGUGUGUGGUAUCCAGAAUGCAGGAUUCAGAACUUCCUGUGCGUGUUGAUUCCUUUUUUGCUUUGCGCUCUUUUAUUGAAGUUUGUAAAGAUUUGAAUGAAAUUCGUCCUAUUCUUCCUCAACUCCUUGAUGAGUUUUUCAAACUUAUGAAUGAGGUUGAGAAUGAGGACCUUGUGUUCACAUUGGAGACUAUCGUGGACAAGUUUGGGGAAGAGAUGGCCCCUUAUGCACUUGGGUUGUGCCAAAAUUUG